AUGGGCACUCCCAAUACCGCUCAGCUUCACUAUAUAGAGGUCAUGUGCGAGUCCAUCCUGCAGGGGAUGUACUGCGUAUUGGUCAUCGUAAUCCUCUGGCUCCUGAUGCGACCUAAGCCUAUGCCCAUGAUUCACCGAGUCAUGUUUUUGGCCGGAAUUUUGAUGUGGGCGCUGUCGUGUGUUCAUUUGGGCCUCGUCAUCCAGCAAGUCACCCAUGUUGUUACUCCGAUUCCAAAUGCACAAGCCCAGGCGUCUAUUGCAACUAUACAGUUCAUGAUUGGCGACAUGAUCAUUAUAUGGCGUGUAUGGGUUGUCUGGGGUCGAAGCUACUUAGCGGCUGCCAUCCCAUUCCUUUUAAUGCUUUCCUCUGCCGGUGUCCGUUUUGCAGAAGCAGCAGAGUUGACCACUUUUGCACAUAGACCACGAAUUGCAGACGUGGCAACAGCACUUCUCGUCACCAACGUAAUUUUAUCGACAAUUCUGAUUGCUGGAAGGAUUUGGUAUAUGCAAUGGAAGAUGAACAAACUUCUCGGUCGAGCCCCCUCGACACGGUCCCAGAAUAAAUACCAGGGUGUUCUGUUGCUUAUUAUCGAAUCUGGUGCCAUUUACGCCCUCUCCCAGAUCAUUGAUUUGAUUCUGGAUGAUGUUCAUAGUAACGGUAUUCACACCGUCUUAGACCUCCAAAUACCCUUGGCUGGUAUUCUUCCAACGUUGAUUGUUCUUGUUGUCCAUCUAGACCUUGUCCCAGGAAGCACCGUGUCAGAAACUCAGCGCUCCACGACAGUUGGCAGUAAAUUCCAAGCUGCAUCUAGACCAACAAACACAAGCUCCGGAUUCGGUGCAAGCAAAGGAACUUCGGUUUCUCUCCGUAUGGAAACGAUUAACGACUCUGUGGACUACUCCGAGAACACUCAAUAUGACAAGUCGUCGUAUCAAAGCUCGAAUUACAAGACCGCGAAUGCUGUAUAA